GUCCAGAAGUCGUGGACCUACAUUGCAGCUGAUUCGAGCGACUUGUCCGGCUUGGGAAGCCUGCAAUACUUCAUGCCCAGUCUUCCCAAACUGGUUGCCGCAGGGUCUGCUGGCUAUAUCGAUUACUCGGCUUCUUCCGUUCCAGUACUGUUUUCUCAAGGGCAAUGCUCUUCCAAAAUCGACCAAAUCGGAAGCCCGCAAGGCUCGAUCCAGAAUGGCAAUAACGACAUUUAUCUUGACACUACGGCCAACGGUACAGCCAGAAUCUAAGUGAUAACUGCAGCCAAUAUAGGAUGGUCAUGCUUGGCUUAUAUUGGCACGACGAAUGGAACAGCGAAUUUCAUAUCGGACACCAGCGGCAGCUGGAAUAUCUCAAGCGUCAAUAUGUCAACUCCGGCUAGUAUCCACUUCUCCACAACCCCUGCGAGGUGGAAUAUGAUGGCGGAUAUUAUCUCCGACGCACUAGGCCAAACUGUAGCUUCUUCAGGGUGGAAUUGGAAUACGGAUACUCCAAAAAGUCCCGGAUACGCAAUGAUGCUGAUAAACACUCGUCUUUGCUUCGCAACAGCUACGUUGGCAUUCAGCCAAAGCCGAUCAAACAGCAGUUCAAAUAAUGUAACCGGAGAAGCUCAUCGGCCUGUCCAGAAAGUAGUGCUACACGCCAACUGGGCUCUCAAGGUUACCACCGCAUGUCUGUUGCUGCAAGCGCUGGUGGCGUUGUCUCAUCUGGUUUAUUGGGAAAUGGAAGUUCGACUUUGGUAUUCUCCAAAUCAUGGAGAUGCGAGAAUCUGCAGCAAUGACUGCUCCCGCAGACGCAGGGACUCCCCUCCUGGGGCAUUGUUCCGAACUUCGCACGGGUGUUACAGAUAAUCGGGAGGUGGCAAUCCGGUCGAAUGGACCACCCCAUUGGCAUUUGGGGUUUGUGCAGUGCAUCAAUGGGAUUACUCCGGCGCCGUG